AUGACGUCAUUAGCACCUUCACCAACGACGUCGACGCUACAGGUAGUCAAUGGGACAGCACACAUGGAUGAAUUAGGGGAUCAUAUCGACUUCUACAUUUAUAUUCUGCCAGCUAUUGUACUUUUUGGAUUGACGGGAAAUAUCGUUUCGCUGGUCACGAUUUUUCAUUCGAGAUUGAGAAGGGUAAACGCCAACAUAUAUCUUAUUGUUCUGACCCUUGCCGACAGUAUAUUCCUGACUGGAGUUCUACUCAUCUGCUUCAAAGUCGACUGGAUAGCAUAUGAAUAUUGUGUCGGACUGGAAUACGUCCUGAUGACAGCUUCCUACAUCUCCAGUUGGUCUACAGCUGCUCUCACCAUUGAAAGAUAUUUGGCCAUCGCCCACCCGUUGUCCCAUAUGAAGUAUGGCCACGUGGACCGAGCCAAGGUGAUGAUGUACUGGGUUCCCAUCCCAUUUGUGCUUCAACUCUUCCAAUUUUUCUCGUUGGAACCAUCGAAUGGAGAGAGAAAAUGUGCACUGAAAGAAGCCAACUACCAGAUUAUAGCCCAAGCACUCGACACAGUUCUAUGCUAUGUUGUGCCAUGUAUCAUUAUCGUUGUCUUGAAUAUUUUGGUGUCUCUCCAAGUCCGAAAGUCUCAAGAACAUUUUAUGGCGGAGACUAAAAAGAAUAACUCAAGAAGAACUGGUGGAUCGUCGUCGUCUUCUGGCACAUGGACCCGAAUUCUUUGGGUGAUGCCUCUAGUGUUCGUUGUCUUGAACACGCCCUUUUAUGUGUCAAUGAUGGUGGAAAUUGUGCUGCAAACUGUGUAUCAAUCCCCGCCUUCGGAGACUACGAGAUCCGAACUUUAUAUGACAAUUUACAAUACGGCUCACUACAUGUAUUACCUGAAUACAGCGAUUGAUGUGUUGGUUUAUGCAUUUUCAAGCGCAAACUUCCGAAAAACUGCCAUAAUCGCAUGGAAACGAAUUCUAUGCCCUGGAUAUGCGGAGAGACAGAAGGGAAAGGUCCUUGUCACCGACCAAACCUCUCGUAUCUCCUACCGAAUGACAUCUGAAAGAAGUACAAUCCGUUUUCCGAACAACAAUUCAAGAGCCGGAUCGCCCAAGCUUCAAGUCGGAAAUGCCGUCUCUAUCCCACUUCUGGGCACGGAAAUUCAAGGACCAAUUAAUGAGUCAACAGCGAUUUGA